CAUCUCAAAGCCACUGUUUUUUCCUCUGCUAGAAGUAUAUAAACCAGGUCGUCCUAUUUUCCAUUCAAGAGAAGCUACUCCUCAUUCUUUGUCUUCUUGAUUACCUCCACAAUCAGAGCAGCUUCUGCAAACUAAAGUUUAAAACAGAGAUGAAACCCUUAUCUCCUGCAUUCCCUCUUCUCCUCCUCUUCGUUUACUCCACCCUGACUGCCGCCCAGUCCCCGGCAGCAGCCCCUGCACCGCCCGGGCCGACCAAUGUGACAGCCAUCCUCGAGAAGGCCGGCCAAUUCACCACAUUCAUCCGCCUGCUACAGAACACGAAAGUGGCAGAUCAAAUCACCGCAGCGCUCAACAAUUCAAACCAAGGCCUCACCAUUCUUGCCCCAACCGAUGGCUCAUUCUCAAAUCUCAAACCAGGCACGCUAAACUCCUUCACCGACGAGCAGAAAGUUGAACUGAUACAAUUCCAUAUCCUCCCAUCCUUCUUCUCACCGUCACAGUUCCAGGCCGCCAGCAAUCCACUGCGCACCCAAGCCGGUGGUAGCCAAGGUUCAUUCCCACUGAAUGUGACUGCAACCGGGAACUCGGUUAACAUAACAACAGGAGUGACCAAUGCAACAGUUGGGAACGCAAUAUACACUGAUGGGCAGCUAGCGGUGUACCAGGUCGAUCAGGUGCUGCUUCCUCUCAGCUUUUUCAUGACUCCGGCACCAGCUCCUGCACCUCAAAAGCCCAAGAAAGCUGCUCGAUCGGCAGAUGCUCCAUCAGGAUCUGAUGUUAGUACUACAGCUGAUUCUUCUGGUGCAAUUUGUCUGUCCAAGAAGGUGAUCCGUGCAAUGGCCUGUGUCAUGCUAGUUUUUGCGGCAUUUACUUGAUGAGCAUGACAGAUAUUGAUGCCCGCAUGAAAUUUUUUCUGUACUUAUGGUGUUGUGAUCUGUAAAAUCAGAGCAUUCUUUCCUGUAUUUUGUGUGAAAAUGUGAGUUGCAAGAUUUCAUUUAAUGCAGACCUACCUUUCUUUGCUAA